AUCUCUACUUGUUGAUGUACCUAGCCAAUCACAUUGGGUUCUUGAGUUAGCAAAAUAUGACUUCAAGGGAGCUAUGGCACUCCUGCUUACUUCCAUACCUGGGGUUUAUUCACAUUGGAUUCCUUUAGUUUCUGAACCACAAUAUCUAUUAGUCGGUGGUCAGCACAUGCCUGUGUCUCAUUGUGUGAAAUCACUUGGUUCUGUUGAAGCAUCUGUGGCUGGUCUGAGCUAUAUAUUCCACACUUCUGCUGAUUCAAAUGGGACUCGACUGAAGAAACUUGCUACCAUCCUUCAGAAAUGCAAAAGGAACAUGUAUGGCCUAACAGAGGUUGUUUUAAGAAGAGACUCAAAGAUACCUGCUGAUGCAAAUGCCAUUAGCAUUCUUGUUUCAAACCCGGAAGAAAUUUUGUCUUCUGAUUGUGUUCAGAUUGGGUUUCUUCCGAGAGAUGUUGCAAAGUGGGUUGCUCCACUUUCAGAUGUUGGGCUAUUUGCAUUUUCCGCAUAUAUAAAUCCAGAUGAGACUCUUGCUUCUGCUUUAGAAGGAAGUAACAAAAAGGUGCAACUACAUCUCUAUGUCUUUCAGGGGCCUUCUUUUUCAUCUAUCUCAAAGAUUACAAGGACUGAAUACGUUUCUGGAGUAUGCUUGCUGGUUAGAGCUCUUCGGAGGUAUUUUGGCCUUUGGCGGCUCCAUGAAGUCUUAGGUCAGCACACAUGGCCUGAACACUUGGAAACUGAUUUUGUAUUUGGUUGUUCAUCUGUUGGAUCUAUCAAUGCACAAUUUCUGGCAGCUUUUUCUGCAGCAGCUGGAAAACGGUCAUCACGGUAUUAUGAAUCUGAGGAAUCUGAUCCAGAUUGGGGUUGCUGGACUGCAAGUCAAGAAAUAAGGAAUCCAUCUAUCAAAGUUAUUUUCCCUAGUGCUGAAAGAGUGAAAAGUUCCAAGAAUGGAAUCUUAGCAUCAAGGCGUAUCUUAUGCUUCUCAGAGAAAACAUGGCAAAGGUUAAAAGGUGUGGGUAUACUACAUGAUGCUGUUCCUUGUCCUAGUUACAGAGAUGGGUUCCCUAUGCAUGUCAAGGUAGCACGAAGGCGGUUUCAGUCCAAGUCCAAUGCCUCUUCUUCUUUUGGAUGGGUUUACUGUGGCUCACACAACUUCAGCUCAGCUGCAUGGGGGCGUCCACUUUUUGCGGAAGUAAAUAACAAAUUGAGAAGCAAUCCCUCGCUGGGUUCGAAACUUCACAUUUGCAACUAUGAAGUAGGGGUAGUUUUCGUUGUCCCCCCAACAAGCGAUGCUAUAGAGACCAAACAGUUGGAUGAUAUAGUGCUGCCCUUUGUCGUGCCUCCCCCAAUAUAUAAACCCACCGAUAGACCAGCUACCCCACAAGCAAUGAGAGAGGCACUUGCCCAGCUUAGUGAAGCAGAGAAGUGUGGGAUUGAGUCGUCCGAACAUUGUGGAGAGGCAUUGAUGGAGGAAAUGCCAAAUGAAGAUGAAGAGGAAGCAAUAUUGCAGAAUGCUAGUAAUGCAUAUGCUGAGGAAGAAAAGGAAGAUGAGAAGGCUUAUGCAGGCUGUCUUUGGCGCCAGAUUGAUUCUUCGUAGAUUUGUGACUCUCACAAGGAACAUGAGUAGUCGGCGAGGUCUCUGAUAAAGUAUGAGUGUUUGGUUGAGUUGGUUUUGAACCCUAUCGUCAUCCGGUUUUAUACAAUUAUUGUUAGUGUGCAAGGCUCGAUAAAGAACAAAUAUUGCAGCCAUAU